GGUUCUAUAGAGGUUAUUCGUCGAUCUGGUAGGUUAGUAAUGAGGUUGUAUCAUUCUGUCAUCUGGCAAGUUGUCCUUCUGUUGCUGUUUGUCUUUAUUGGACAAGGUAGCAAAGUGAACUGUCAGUAUGCACCAGAUACUUCCACCAAUGAGAUUAAACAGUUGGUUUCCCUCGGCCAAUCGUAUUUAUAUACAAGCAAUUCUCAAGUUAGAGAAAAAAGAGCACUAGAAGAUGAAAACCAAGAGAAAGAAAUAGAGGAUGAUCUAUUCUUGGAUAUAGACAGACGUAAUUCAAAUUCAGAAAAACCUAAAUACAAGUUUGAAGAUUUAAGUAAAUUUAAUGGAAAAUGUUUUGAUUUCAAGUUUAUGUUGAGUAGAAUUAUGGGAGGUUUUCCAACGACAUCAUUGAAAAAAACCACUGAAAUCAAGCUUAAUACUAUUCACAUACGAGCUUUAGCAGAUAGAGCAUUAACAAUGAUCAAGAUUGUCCGUAGACCAGAUCUGAUUGCCGAAGAUUUAGUGUUUUCCUUAUCUGAGAACAUUCUGACAGACCUAAAGAAAUGCCCAUCAACCCAGCUACACCAAGCUCUAAUGUAUGGUUUAUCAAGAUCCUUUGUUUCUUACAAGAAAAAUAACCACACAAUUAUUAGAAAUGUGACCAAAAAAGUGAAACAGUUAACUGUGAGAUUAAAAGUAAAUCCUAUGCAGCUUGUCCAGACCGUUUACAGUACUUUAUCUAUGAAUUUAUUAGAACAUAUUCGUCAAACUGAUUAUAAAGAUUUAGAAGAAACCAUGACAAAAUUAGAAAAAGAUUUAGAGAAAUUACUAAAAGAGGAAAAUGUGGAUGUUAACAAAAUUCAAAGUAUGGUUACCAAUCGUUUGGGUAGUGUUCGUAGAUGUGGCAAUGACCAAAGUGUUGGGAGAAUGUUUGGUAAAAUGGCGAUGGCCAUGCAACAAUUAUCAAAAGGUUUAGACCGUAAAGAUAUAGCAGCAUCGUUGGGAGUUCUUAAAAGAUAUGUGCCAAGACAAAAGUUACAAAAUGUCAUAACUCAACUACGUAACCUGAGUAGGCACAUGUUAAGAAAUCUACAAAAACUCUUCAAGGCUUUGGUAGGAAAGAACAAAAGUUAUAUCAUCAAUCAAAAGAUUUUAGAUAAAGAUCAGUAUGAACAACUAUUAAGAAUUUUGAAUUUUUUGGGAAAAGAUUUGUUCUCAAAUGAUAAAAUUAAACAAUUGGGAAAAAGAGAUUUAAGCAAUGUAAUGGAUGAUGAACUUCGAGCAUUUCAGUUUGAAAAAAGGGACAGUUCUAAUCUUGAUGUGAAAAGACGGAGAAAUGAUAACCAAGACAAAAGACGGAUUACCAAUAGUUCCUUAAAAUAUUUGUUAAACUGGAUAAAGUCUCAAAUUAAAAAGAAUAAAAGUCAAUUUAAACGUAAAAAAAUGAAUAAGAAGUCGUCGAAGAGCAACCUAAAGCCGCAGACCAAUGUACAACAUUGCUUUAAUUUUGAAUCUGCUGUAAGCAAGAUUAUUGGUGGAUUUCCUAGUGUUGAAUCAUCAGCAGCUAAAGUAGUGUUGGGAAAGAAUGAUUUUAAUGGUUUAAUUGAGAAGUCGUUAACACUCGAAAGACUAAUGAAUCAACCAAAUUUAGCUACACAGGAACUAGUAUACUCCAUGACUGAAAAAGUUCUUGAGAAACAGAAACUUUGUCCAUCAGCUAUGCUUGGGCGAGUUUUAUUUUAUGCAUUAGCUCGUUCUUUUGAUAGUUAUGAAACUAAAAUAUCCAAAAGUUUAAAUAACUUACUGCAGAAAACAGCAAAGGGGAAAUAUGCAAAGAGAGUUAUUACAUUGAUUGAUCAAAUAAACCAGUGGUCAGUUGUUGAGCUGUUGACCGAAGUCAGAUCUGCCGACUAUUUGAGAAUAAAACAAACCAUGCAGAGACUGUAUUAUGGUUUGCUUCGUGAAUUGAAAAAAGCAGAUCCAUCAGUUGAGUCGGUAAAAAAGGUGAUAUUUCAUAAAAAGAAUAAAUGGUCAUGGAAGUGUAGCAGUGAUGUAUCGGUCAGACAACAACUUAUCCGCACCAAAAAAAAACUAUCGUAUUUGAUAUCGAGUAUGGCUCCUGCGAUUCGUUACCAUCUUCAGACAUUGAAAGUUACAGCAUCUGUUAAGAGAAGGAUAGCUAGAUCUGUUCAAUCUUUGACUACUGGCUUUUUAAGAAAUGUAGAUAAAUUAUUUAAGGCAUUAUUGAACCGCGAUGGGAAUUAUUUACAGAAAAACAAAAUACUGACCAAAAGUCAAUUUGAGAACUAUGAAAAGAUUCUUGCUGCAAUUGGUGGAAAACUGUUGCCAGGUUUCGCUGUACCAGUAACGAGGGAUGAACUUCAGCUGCUCAUGAGAUUACAACAGUCAUUAAUAACCAAGAAGCCUUUAAACCAGAAAGAAGCGAUGGAACUAGUCAGGGUGAGAUGUAAACAGUUACAAUAUGUCUACAUACAACUCACUUCUGUUGAAGUUAACAAAUUCUUCAAAAAUUGUAAAGUGUUAAAUACUAAAUAGCUAAUAAAGUUUAGUAUUACAA